AAAAUAAAUCAAUACUCAUUAAUUCCUUUUUCCCAUCUUUUUCCUGUAACCUGUAGAGUGUAGCUCAAAUCAAAACAAAUAAAAUUGCUCUCUUGAUUCAAAAUCAAGAGAGCAAUUUUUUCAUUAUUUUUUAUGUUCCAGUUACAAUGCAAAUGAUUAUUGAAAAAACGAAAAUGGUGCAUGAUAUAAUGAGUCAAUUCCACAGGUACCAUAAUUCCUCGUUACAGGAAAGAAUUAAAGAAUUGAAAAUAAUUAUAGACCAAACAGGAUCUUACAAGGAUUUACAAGCUCUAUUUCCCCAGCUAAUAUACAAUAUAUUUGCACCUACAAAUCAAAAUGGAUGGGGAUUAGGGCAAGUUACAUAUGAAAAAAAUAGAUAUGAGUUUGAAAUGUUGAUGAAUUUCUUAGUACCCCAUGGUCCAAUGUUUCGAUUGUGUUAUAAACUGCUGGCAGAUCGUCGGCUGAAAUAUAAUUUGCCACUAAAUAUUUUACCAUUACAACUGCAGAUGACUCUUGAGAGAGGUAGAGGUCCACAGUUCUAUGCAGAACUGAUAACAAUGGAUUAUCAAGGAAUGAAUGUUGUAGCGUUAGCAUUGAAUCCAUUUGACUAUUAUAUAAUCAAUUUUGCAUUAUUUUUGAUAAAUAAUUACCAGAGUAACGAUUGGCGCAUUUGGAAUAGUGUGUAUUUCGCCCUGUCUUGUGACUAUCUUGUGCAUUUCCUUCCUUGUGAUCCCAAUGUGCAGGUUACACCAACCAUAUCCUACACAGGAAAAGUUCCAUUGGUUCCUCCACUCCAAACUGUGAACAGACCUUUAUGCUCACCUUCAUUACUAAUUAAAUCAGACUUAUUUGGCCCCAGUAACCAACGCCCUACCAUACCUCAUACACAAUCUAGGUAUGAGAUCUGGAGAUCUGAGACAGUUUUACAAAUAUUUGUCGACAUCUGGAUGAGUGUAGAACCCGACAAUACUAAUCUUCCAAUGUAUCAAAGGAAUUAUCCAACAAUAUCAUCUAGUCCUGAACGAGUAAGGAUAGUAAGGGUUUUGGUUAAACACAUCCAUUCAUUCUCUGCGCAAUACAACAACGACCCUACAGCAUAUUGUGCUCUGAGGAAAUAUGCAAGCCAGAUCAUGUGCUCACGAGGAUUUCAUUAUGUAAAAGAUUUAGUUAUGACGUGGCCAUUGGACGAUUCGUUCAGGCUUGUGUUGGAACUGUGGCUGAGUCUCAUACAACCCUGGAGAUAUACCGACUACGCUACAAAUCAGUACAGAUUCCCAAACACUCAAAGAGACCAGGAAGGUGCUAAUGACAAUGCUUUUGACGAAAGUUUUACACAAUUCGUCGCUGAGAACUUCCCAUCAUACACAUGUAUAUUUCAAAUGGUUAUACCUAGAUUUAUGAACCUUGAUAUCUCAACUUAUAAAAACGCUGUUAUGCUGUUCAGACUGGGAAAAGUGUUUUCUCAACCACACUUAGCGCCAAUUUUGAUGAACAUUGAAAGAGCAAUCAUUGAUGUUUCUGGAAGUCCUGACUACAGUCAUAAUAACUCUAGUUUAAACCAAAGUUUCACAUAUAACGGGGUCGCUCUCAAGAAAUGGGUUUCAAUAGCUAAACAAGCUUUCUCAGUGUUUAACAUGUCAGUCACGUAUGACUAUGAUCCUAUCUGGAGUGAUAACAAACGAGAGUUUAUGUUGGAAUUUGUAAAACGGAUCCACGCCUCCAAACGCACGGCUGAUAAAAACAUAGAGGACUUGACUGCCAAAUUAAAUCAAGAAUCUCAAGGAUUUUGGCAUGCAGUUAAAAAGUGGGUCGUGGUGGGCUGCACUAUUGAAGACACACAGAUGUUACAAGAAUGUCAAAAAAUUCCCAACUACUUGACAAAUUGUGUUAAUUAUUUUGUAUCGAUUUUUGGGUUGGAUGAAAAUAUGCUGCUGCCAUAUGAAGCCGAAUUGUUUGACGAUUCUGUUGAACAUUCAUCCUAUGCUAAUUCAAAUAACUUUCUACGUCACAUAAAUCAAAAGAUGCGUAUUAAACCGAGUGAAAUACGGUAUAUGGGUAACCCAGAUAUUGUGCCAAUUAUGUCAUAUGAGAACACAACUUUAGUGAGAAUGCUGUAUCAAUUAUCUACCAGGUUAAAUGAGUUGUAUGGAGAAGAAUUUUCAAGACUGUGGGCCAGAAACGAUUUUUGGGGAUACGUAGCUCGGGAACUAUUACAGAAACCGAUAACCAUUCGUCAAUAUGGAAAGGACUCUAGACACCUACCAUGCUUAAUCAGCGAAGAUCUACCCGCGCGACUGUCGCUUCGCUGCCUCGGGUCGCAUGUACUCAUUAUAUGGAUCUGUAUCGGCUAUAUUAUCUUUUGGAUGUUCUCGUGUAGUGCGAUUUUCUACCUCUUUUUCAUUUUUACUGCGUGGGCUUUAAUUAUUUUGGCCAAGGCGUAUUUGAAAAAAAUGAAAAUUAUUGAUGACCGAUAUUAGAUAUUAAGCGUAACAUUAAAUGUAACCCAUUUCAAUUAUGAUUUCGCUUUUAUCAUCCUUUUUUGCAUGAUUAAAAUACUUUUUUUGAUUCCAUUAAUAAGUAGGGAGGGUAGCAGCGAUAGUGAUUAUUACUUAGUACUUGUGACCUUGUGAAUUGGUUUAGGGAAUUUCCCUUUUGAAAAUCCCUUUAGAAUGCAUAAACACUCACCUCCCCUGCUCCACAUGUUCUUACAACAUAUAACAUUCAAUGCAGUUUAAAAAACUUUCUUUAAUUGUCCAUCUUGCCCCUCCUCAAAAGUGUUUCAAGUUUUCUGGAAACUUUUUCUUCAAGUAGUCUU